CCGCCGCCGAGUGUCAGUUUCUGCGCCGCCGCCUGCGGUCUCCCCGCUGUGGGCUGCCGGCCGUCGCGAGUCUCCGUCCCCGCCGCCGCCGCCGCCACCGCCGCCGCCGCGGGCCCGCGCACCUCUCCGCGCGCCCGCCCCGCCGAGCCGGCGCGGGCCGCGGGUCCCAGCGGCCACUGCCCGGCGCGCAGAUGGCGCACUCGGCGGCCGCCGCGCCGCUGGGCGCGCUGGAGCAGGGCUGCCCCAUCCGCGUGGAGCACGACCGCCGGCGCCGCCAGUUCACCGUCCGGCUCAACGGAUGUCACGACCGGGCCGUCCUGCUCUAUGAGUACGUGGGCAAGCGGAUCGUGGACCUGCAGCACACCGAGGUCCCCGACGCCUACCGCGGGCGUGGCAUUGCCAAGCACCUCGCCAAGGCUGCUCUGGACUUCGUGGUGGAGGAGGACCUGAGGGCCCAUCUCACAUGCUGGUACAUCCAGAAGUACGUCAAGGAGAACCCCCUGCCGCAGUACCUGGAGCGCCUGCAGCCAUAACCCCGGCCCCGCAGGGCGGGAGCCCUCCGUGCCAGACCUCUCCCUGCGGCCUUCGCCCGGGCCCUCCACGUGCUCUCAGGAAACCCGGCCCCCGCGGGGGACAGACUCAGAGUUAUUUUUGUAAGGACACUCAGCUGUGGCCCCUGGAGGCUGCUGGCGGGGGAUGGGCAGUGGUCCAGCAACCCCGGUAGAGGGGUGGCCAGGUCGCCAAGGGCCCGGCCACUCCCCCUCCACAGACGCUGGCUGGCUUCUCAGAAGGCCUCCCCAGCCGUUUGCGGGCGGGCCUCCUGCCAGGACCGGAGUGCGCUCAGGGGUGUCCCCGUGGCCAGUCUGGGGCCCACCUGCUGUUCCCAGCUCCGUGAUUGGCAGCAGGGCCAGUGUGGGGCCCCCUCUGCCACCACCUAGGUCUGUGUCCUUUCUGCAGAUGAGGAGGGUGUCCCCUGAGUGGAGAGGAGCAAUAAGAAACCUCGUGUGCCAACUUCCCGGGGGCGUAGCACCCAGCCACGGCUGCCACCAGCACCACCCCUCCUCUUCCUCGAGCUCAUGUGCCCUGGCUCUGGGGGGGGCAGGCCAAGGCGAAGGGCGAGCCUCCCUCAUGUGCAAAGCCCUGAAUGGGUGCACACGUGAGCACACAUGCACACACACACACGCACGCACGCACACACGCAUACGUGCACACACACAGGACACUGUGCAGGGCUGUACAUCAGCGGAGGGAGCGCUGGGUGUUCUCUCCAUCGUACCUGUUCCCUUCACUCCUUGCCCCCUGGUCUGUCAGCUCUGCAGGAAAUCGACACCCCCUCACCCUCCUCUGCUCCCCACAACCUCCCCGGCCCUGUGGCUGCCCUCCCUGUUUGGCCCGUCUGCCUGAAGACAGCUCCAAGUGUGGCCUGAGCACCCAGCACUGGGAAGCCCCCCUUCACCGGCCUCUUGGCCACCUGUCUCUUUCUCAGAGACGACUCUUAUUGAAGCUCGAGUAGGAGGGAGGCAAACUGUCCUCCAGAAACCGUCCUCACCACCCAGUGGGAAGAGACAUUGCUGUGGAGGGAUUUCCUUCGUGGCAGCUGGAUAUCAGAGCAUCUUUUCUCUUUCGUGGCAAGCUGGUGGCCGGGCACAUUCUGUGGCCUGGCUGGAAUUCCAGGGUCCCUCCCAGACCAACUUCGCUGGCCUGGGAGGUGCACAUCAGCACCCUUUGUUCUGCUGGCCUUGUGAGCUGGGUAGGGCUCUGGGUCCUGAUCUGUGCCCUACUUCCCACAAGGUCGAAUCCAUGCUGUUCCUCUGUGGGGCUGAGGGGAGACCCUGGGGUCAGAGUCCCUUUGGGGCUGAGAUGUCAGUUAACAGCACAUCUGGAGGGGUAUUCUGUCCCCCCUAGGCCUCUGGCUGGGGGUGGGCUUGGGGAGGUGUGUGUGCUGGGGGCACCAGUUGCCACGGUGACCCCUCCCUUUUCUCUGGCUUACCAUGGCAUCCAUUGGCCUGUGGUCACCUUUUCCACUCACCUCUUCGCUUCCAGUCUGCACCAAGCUCACCACCAUCACUAUGGCCGCUCAGGGGCCCAGCUCAGACAUUUGCACAGACACCUUCGUACCCAGCGGCAGGAACAUCUAGAUCAGCAGGCGCACAGAGGCCUGACAGCCUGCCCACUGGGGGUCCCUGAGCCCCAGAGAGGCACUGUCGUUAGCAUCCCCCACCCACUCCACACGCCAGCCCCCGGCCCCGCCCUGGCCUCCAAGAAUUCCCUGAGUGCUGAGGACAGCCCUCACUUUCCUGCCAUGCUCCUUAGCUCUGUUUGCCAAGGGCUAUCGUGAGGACCCAGAGAAGCCCCCUGGCCUCUGCUGUGCUGGGGGGGGGGGGUUUCCUGGGGAGGAAGAACUGUGGCAGGAAGCAGGCCCGGCUGCCAGUUCCCCUCCAAGGCUCUGGGUAUCAUCCCUGGUGCAGUUUGAGGAAGGAGCGGGUCGUAGGAUCUGGGCCUUCUCCCUCUGACUCCCGCAGCCGUGGGGUUAGGGGUCCCCUCCCACUCCCUACCCGCACAUGCUUUCCCAAGGUCAAGCACAGACUCAGUCAUAAAAUCUCCUCCCCAGUAGCUUCAGCAAGCUGCUGCCACCUCCCUCGAUGGCCUGCAGGGUGAUGUGAGUACCAGGAGGGCACCUGGCCCCCCGGGGCCUCCCGGCCCAUCCAUGGGAGGGUGCCCUGCAGCAGUGACAGAGCCCAGGGCAAGCAGGGCAUACAGGAGCAGAGAGCCGGGUGGCAUCAAGAGAGAGCAGCCCUGUUCCAGUCCCCAGUGUGUCCCAGCCCGAACCUGUGUUCCUACAGCAGGUGACGUGCCACACUGGCCAGCACACACACGAAACACUUAGUACUUGAACCAGGAGAAAUGCAGGGUCUCGGGGGCCUUGUACAGCCCCAGGCCCAGGAACAGCUUGUCCCCACUUCCUGCAGGAGCGACCCGGAGCCUCUUCAACUCUGGCUGCCUUAAAGUACCAUUGCCCCCAUGCAGGGGUGCAGCUGCAGGGCCAGCCCGGCUCUCAGUCUUCAGCAGAGCCUCAAAGCUGCAACAGCCUGCUCUCUGAGGCUGGGACCCUGGUCUGAAGCAGAUGCGGGCCCUGGAGCCCCCAGCCCACCCCCACCGGCCUGCCCCCCUACCCCGGUGCUACUCAGUCUCUUCCACCAUCUGCGGAGUUCUGGGAGCCCUUGUCAGGAGGCAGGUCACAUGGGCCAGUUCCUGCACCACCCUGCAGGGGCCAGGGAAGCUCGGGGAUCCCACCUGGGUCCCCCUUCCAGCAGAAUGUCCCCAAAGGCUCUGCGCUCUCCUGCCGUGUCUCACUUUGUGGGUUUUUCUUGCCCGGUGAAAAUAGGGGGUAACUCAUGUGCCUUUCUGACUCAGGACCUGUUCCAGGUGGUGUCUGGGCCGAGGCUGGUCUCCAGACGAACUCCCUUUUGUUAUUUUUCAAACUCCUGAACAGAUUGCAUGGCAUUCAUUUCAAUAAACGGUGUGACGUGG